CAUCAACGGAGCGUCAACGCCUCGUGAAAUCGUGUCGCCGAAUCUUGCCGCCGGCUUCUCAUUAAGCGUCUUUCUUAAAUCUGCCUCCGACCCGCGAGUCCCUUUAACUUGUUGUUUGGACCCAAGGGACGAAGAAUUGCUGCAUAUUUCCCCGCCAUCAGACCCCUGCUGCCCCUCAUUCACCCAAAGCUAUGGCUUUGAGUUCACGAACAGCUUCGAGAGCUCUGCGAGCGCUCAAGCCUUCUGUUGUGCGGCCUUUGGCUUCUGUGCAAGCAUGCAGCUACUCUUCGUCCUCGGAGCCGGAUCUCAAGGAAACAUUUAAGAAAGUGCUACCCGCGAAACGCGAGCUAUUGAACAAGGUCAAGGCCCAUUCCGACAAGAAACUCGGAGACGUCAAGGUGGAAAACACCUUGGGCGGAAUGAGAGGGCUGAAAGCUAUGGUCUGGGAAGGCUCAGUCCUUGACGCGAACGAGGGUAUCCGAUUCCAUGGCCGCACCAUCAAGGACUGCCAGAAGGAGUUGCCGAAAGGCACCUCUGGCACUGAGAUGCUUCCCGAGGCCAUGUUCUGGCUUCUGCUUACCGGCGAGGUCCCCUCAGUUUCUCAGACGCGCGUUCUGUCAAGGGAAUUGGCCGAGAAGGCUAGCAUUCCCAAGUUCGUUGAGAAGAUGCUCGAUGACUUUCCCAAGGACCUCCAUCCCAUGACCCAGUUCGCCUGCGCCGUCUCCGCAUUGAACUAUGAGUCCAAGUUUGCAAAGGCAUACGAGAAGGGCCUGCACAAGGCCGAUUACUGGGAGCCUACCUUCGAUGACUGCAUCAGUCUUCUCGCUAAACUCCCCACCAUCGCCGCUAAGAUCUACCAGAACGCGUAUCGUGGUGGAGGUGCCUUGCCAGCCGAGAUCGAUCUGAAUCAAGAUUGGUCGUACAACUUCGCUGCCAUGUUGGGCAAGGCUGGAAAGGAGAACGAAGGCUUCCAGGACCUCCUCCGCCUGUAUCUUGCCCUCCACGGCGACCAUGAAGGUGGCAACGUCUCCGCCCAUGCCACUCACUUGGUCGGCAGCGCCCUGAGCGAUGCCUACCUUAGUUACAGUGCCGGUCUCCAGGGUCUUGCUGGGCCGCUUCACGGUCUGGCUGCUCAGGAAGUGCUCCGCUUCAUCUUGGAUAUGCAGAAGGCUGUUGGUAACAAGUUCUCCGAGUCUGAUGUGACAAACUAUCUUUGGAGUGUCCUGAAGUCGGGCCGUGUGAUUCCUGGAUAUGGACACGCUGUGCUGAGAAAGCCUGAUCCCCGUUUCGAGGCUUUGAUGGACUUUGCUAAUGCUCGACCCGAGAUUGCGAGUGACCCAGUCUACCAGCUUGUGAAGAAGAAUUCUGAGGUCGCUCCGGGUGUCUUGACUGAGCAUGGAAAGACAAAGAAUCCCUUCCCUAAUGUUGACUCCUCCUCGGGUGUCCUCUUCCACCACUACGGCUUCAAGGAGACUCUCUACUACACGGCCACUUUCGGUGUCAGCCGUGGUCUCGGACCGCUCGCACAGCUUAUCUGGGACAGAGCAUUGGGUCUUCCGAUUGAGCGUCCCAAGAGCAUCAACCUUCAGGGUAUUCUGGACCAAGUCGCCGCGUAGAGAACCGGGGUUUGACCGUAGAGGUGAAGGGUUGUUACACUGUUUGUAUAUACUACGGUUAGAGCGUUUGGGUCAUACAAAAGAUUUCUAUAAAUGAGACAUGCUAGACA